UGGGUGAAUCUCACCGGGCAGUAGUCUAGACUCUACGUACAAGAUAACAUACAUUUAAAUGUUUCCUAACGAAAAUUUACAAUUAAACAUUUAGUGAUAAUAUUUCGGGAAUAUCGUAAAGACUAGUAGAGGAAAAAAGGAAAUUCCUAAAGAAGAGAGAUUUUGAGAAGAAACGACAGGGGUCGGCGCGAGUGGCGAAAGAAGAACAAACACGCACGCACGCACGCACGCACGUACGGACGGACGAAAAGAGACCGAUAAAGAAAAGUACGUCAAAUAUAUAUCAAAUAGUGCUACAGUUCGACGAUAAAGACGUAAAAGGAAGCAUAGUGGUGCUUGAUAUAUAAACGACAUACAAAUAAGAAGGCUAAAAUAAUAAUCGUAAACGGAUCGAGGUGACAUUGCUGCGCGACGCCUAACUAACCGACGAAGAAGACAGUUACAAAAGCGCCGCCACAAACUCUACAGUGUGGAGACAAAUCCACACAAGGAAGAAAGCAGCAGCGAAGCCGAGGAAGGUGUGCCCGAAGGAGUUGUUUCCUGUUAUUGCUGUCAGGGAGGGAGAAAGGAAGGAAGAGCAGCAACCAACAGCAGCAACAGCAACGCGGCUAGCCAGCCGGCAACCGAACCGGACCGAUUUGCUAAGACGAAAGUGCACGCUCGCGUGUGUACGCACUCUCUACAGUUACAGCAGCGGGUACAGCAACCACCACCACCACUAUUACUACUACUACUACUACUACUACUACUACUACCAUCGCCACCUUCAUCAAACAUUAUUACUACUGCUACUUGCUACUUGUCUAGUGUACUACUAGUAGCAACUGUAAUUCAAACUACUUCAUUAUUAUCAGAGCAUCAUCGUUUCGAGUCUGAUAGAAACUACCAACCACUAGCAUGUCUGUCAGAAUGGAAAACAACGUUGCUCCGCCAAGGAAAAUUAAUUAUAAGAUGAUGGCUAGCAGCCCACGGCCAACAUACGUCGGCGCUAACAACGGUAACGCUGGUGGAGGCGCCAACGCCGGAGGCGUGGGCGUGGGCCCAACCAGCGGCGGUGGCAGUGGCGGCGGCGGCGGUGGUGGCGGCACAACUGCCGGUAGUGGCGGAGGUGGUGGAGGUGGCCACGGGGGCGGCGCUGGCGCCGGCGCCGGUGGUGGAUUGAAGGGGAACGCGUCAGGAGGUGGGGCAGGGGGUGGCGCUGGCGGCGGCGGCGGCGCCGGUGGUGGCAGUGGCGGUGGUGGCGGCGGCGGUGGUGGAGGUGGCGGCGGAGGACCACGAGGAGGUAAUCCUGUGCAAUUUCGAGCCAGUGGCGCCGCCGCGGCAGCUUGGGGCGCGGCGCCGUCGACCAUAGUGGCAGCAGCGGCCGCCAUGCCGUGUUUCAACCGCUUUCCGAGUGCCGCCGCGGCGGCUGCCGCAGCGGCACAGGUACAGGUCGGUGCGCAACCGUUACAGCCCUCUGCCAACCCUUACGUCACCGCCCCCUACGCUCAGCACGUCUCGUAUGGUGGACAACGGGUACCUACAGCCUCGUCACCAGCCAAUACCACCAGUAGUUCUAGCAGUGCCACUGGCAGUCAAAGCGGGGCAAUGAGCACAAGUAUGAGCAAUAAUGCUAUGCAAGGACAACAGACGGAACAAUUAUCUAAAACAAAUUUAUACAUACGUGGCCUCAACCAAAAUACUACCGAUAAAGACCUUGUUAAUAUGUGUUCUCAGUAUGGAACUAUAACAUCCACGAAGGCAAUAUUGGAUAAAACAACAAACAAAUGUAAAGGUUAUGGCUUUGUAGACUUUGAGUCACCGGUGGCGGCAGAGGGUGCUGUGAAAGCACUGGUCGCCAAGGGCAUCCAAGCGCAGAUGGCGAAAGUGGGUAUCUGGUUGCUCCGUAGACUGGCAAGUGUACGUUGGUUGUGCAUGCAACAACAGGAACAGGAUCCUACAAAUCUGUAUAUCGCAAACCUUCCAUUGAACUUUAAGGAAAAUGAUGUUGAAGGACUUCUUCAACAAUAUGGACAAGUCAUUUCGACUCGCAUUCUACGUGACACCUCAGGACAAAGUAAGGGUGUUGGUUUCGCAAGAAUGGAAUCGAAAGAAAAAUGUGAACAGAUAAUUCACAUAUUUAAUGGUAAAGCAUUACAAGGAGCUAAAGAUCCAUUAUUAGUUAAAUUUGCUGAUGGUGGUAACAAGAAAAAAUCAAUGUAUAAAAGUACAAUGUGGAGAGAUACCGGAGAAAAUAUGACGAUGAAUUAUGAUGCAAGCGGAGUCGGUCAAAAUGGCGUUGCGACAGCCCAUAUGCUACCUACAGCAACUUUAACUCAAUAUGGUCGUCAUUAUGGUCAAGCUGUCCCUGGUUAUAGCGUACCAGGAACACCCUGGGUCACACCGUACCUUGUGCAGCCUGCGCCUCCUCAUAUGCAACAGGUCGACAUGAUGCCAUCUGCAGAUCCUAGUAAUCCUCAAUACAGUAUAAUACCGCAACUUACAACACAAAUGUCUGCAAUGCAUUUGGGAACUGGCUCAUACAUAGCAAGUCAUCAUCCUUAUUCUUAUACGACUUAUCCACAACCUAGCAUUAUUCAUCAAAUACCACUGGGCGAUUCAGAACAGACAAGUAACGCGGCAUCUCCUGACGAUUCUUACCAACAGUAUCAAGCUCAACAGCCCAAGUAGGAUACGGUUUAUAGAUACGAAUAUGCAGAGGGCUACAUAAGUUAGAAACGCGAUAUACACAUGCUGAAAACAAACAAAGAAGGGGAUUUUAUUAAUGAAGAAUAAAAGGAGCGUAAUAAAAAUAUACAUAAC